GGAAGAUGAAGGCGGAGGGGGGCGACCACUCCAUGAUCAACCUGUCGGUGCAGCAGGUCCUGAGCCUCUGGGCCCACGGGACGGUGCUGAGGAACCUCACGGAGAUGUGGUACUGGAUCUUCCUCUGGGCUCUCUUCUCUUCUCUGUUUGUCCAUGGUGCUGCAGGAGUGUUGAUGUUUGUGAUGCUGCAGAGGCAUAGGCAGGGAAGAGUCAUCUCUGUCAUUGCAGUCAGCAUUGGAUUUCUGGCUUCUGUAACUGGAGCGAUGAUUACCAGUGCAGCAGUAGCGGGCAUUUACAGAGUAGCUGGGAAGAACAUGGCCCCUUUGGAAGCGCUGGUAUGGGGCGUUGGACAGACUGUACUGACAUUAAUCAUCUCCUUUUCAAGGAUCCUCGCUACACUUUGAGGUUUCUGUGGGAAUGUCUUACUUCACAUAAGGAAACAGAUGUAUAGAUUCCCUGAAAACGGCGUUAACAAGUGGAAGUGAAAUUGUGCAAGAAUGUGGACUGAGCAGGUCAAAGCAUAAGGAAGACCUUGAGCUGUGUGGAAAGAUUGCCCUCUGGUGUUCAAGUGAUUGCACUACCGCACUGCACCUU